AAUAAGUAAGGAAUAUUUAAGAUUUUCAUGAUUAUCAUGAUUUCAUGGUAAUUAAUGGUAACUAAUCAAAUACAUGCAAAAGAAGAACAUACCAAAUAUCAAUUCAUACCAUACCAAUUCUUAAAGAAAAUAAUUAUAUUUUGACCCCACUGUGCACUAUUAUUUUUUUAUUAUAGCAUGCAAGGUUAGCAGUUGUGUGCACACUAUGUUGCAGGUAAAUGGCAGGGUUUGGUAAAGUGCUGGCCAGCCGAUGCAGUGCGUAGGGCCUGGAGUCCACGGCGACGAAAACAUGAACGGGGCGGGGGAGCAGGUCGACAUCCUGUCCUCCAACUGCUUGGUAAAAGAGCGCUGGAAAGUGCUGAAGAAGAUUGGGGGUGGAGGGUUCGGGGAGAUCUAUGAGGCCUAUGAUCUGUUGACACGAGAGAAUAUGGCUCUUAAGGUGGAAUCUGCCCAACAGCCAAAACAAGUGCUAAAGAUGGAGGUUGCUGUGCUAAAGAAACUACAAGGAAAGAAUCAUGUUUGCAAAUUUAUUGGAUGUGGAAGAAAUGACAAGUUCAAUUACGUUGUCAUGCAGCUGCAGGGAAGGAAUCUCGCUGAUCUCAGGAGGAGUCAGCCUAGAGGGACGUUCAGUAUGAGCACGACUCUACGGUUGGGGAAACAGAUUCUGGAGUCCAUUGAAGCUAUUCACUCUGUGGGCUUCCUGCACCGAGACAUUAAACCUUCUAAUUUUGCCAUGGGCCAAUUGCCGUCUACCUGUAGGAAAUGUUACAUGCUGGACUUUGGUUUGGCACGACAGUACACUAAUACAAAUGGGGAAGUGCGGCCUCCCAGGUCGGUGGCUGGGUUCAGAGGGACAGUACGCUAUGCUUCCAUUAAUGCUCAUAAAAACAAGGAAAUGGGUCGUCAUGAUGAUUUGUGGUCAUUGUUUUAUAUGCUGGUGGAGUUUACUGUUGGACAAUUACCAUGGCGUAAGAUAAAAGAUAAGGAGCAGGUGGGACAGAUUAAAGAGCGCUACGAGCACAGGAUGCUGUUGAAACAUAUGCCUGCUGAGUUUCAUAUCUUCUAUGACCAUGUGCUGGAUUUAGAUUACUUCACCAAACCUGAUUAUCAGUUGCUAAUGUCAGUAUUUGAGAACACCAUGAAAGAGAGGGUGAUAACAGAAAACGAGCCUUAUGACUGGGAAAAAUCUGGAACAGAUACGGCCCUCCCCACCAGCGCACACACGCUACCACAACAAAACACACGGCAAACUGCUGCCAUUGUGGGGAUGGUGAAUGUGACACCGCUACCUGGUGAAUUACCGAGGGAAAACACUGAUGAUGUUCUGCAAGAUGAACACCUGAGUGACCAAGAGAACGCUCCACCUGCUUUGAUACCCAGCAGGCCUAGCGAACCUGCUCCAGUCCCACCUCCUGGUGAAGGGUGGGAUGAAACUGACUUCAACCGUAACAAACUCAGGAUCAGCAUCAGUAAGACGCAAGUAGCAGCAGAGGAUGGGGAGGAGCCUGCAGGAGGAGGGAGGUCUGUUUCCCCGGCGAGGGGGGGGGAAGCAGACGCUCAGGCCCGCCCUCCAAGGUACCGGAGAGUCAACAGCCCAGAAUCUGACCGCCUGUCUGCUGCAGAGGAUAGAGGAGAUGCCGCAGAUAAACGCUCUCGUUUGGACAUGCUGGGUUCUCCAUCCAGGCACAUCUACUCUUCCCAGCCUGCUCAAAUGCUCUCUUUAGAAGCUGGGCAGGGAGAACGACUGGCCGGUGGCCAUCAUGAUGUCUCUGCAGACGGCGACCAGGAAGCCCACAGCAAUGCCUUCAUCCGCUCAGUCCCGCUGGCAGAGGAGGAGGACUUUGACAGCAGGGAGUGGGUGAUGAUUGAUAAAGAAACAGAGUUGAAAGACUUCCAUCCUGGGGCAGAGCCCACAACCUCAGGCACCACGGAUGAGGAACCAGAGGAAUUACGCCCCCUUGAGGACCACGAGGAGAGGAGAAGGAGAGGACAUAUGCACGGGAUGGGUGGAGCUGAGGCUGUGGUACGACCCAAAACACAACGUGGGAUGAUGAUUGUAGCAGAGGAGGAGGGGGCAGGACCGAGCCCUGCCCAUUCACCUUGUCACUCGUUGCCUCAUACCUGCCCAAGAAGGAGGGAGUCAGAGCCGUUCGGACCUGAUGGACCGGAGGCUGCAGUGGCUGAACCUUCGCUUUCAACCUCUGAGACGCGUCUGAAGCAAGUCGACUUUGUGUCUGGUGUGUUGAUGUUUGACGAUCUGAGAGAGGAGGGUGUGAAGACUGGAGGCUCAGGCAGUGAUGGAAGCCCUCGCAGUAGUGAGGGAAGUCCAGAGGGUGCUGCAUCCACCCUGCUCGCCCCAGCCCACCGGGACCACGACCAGGAAGAGGGCUCACGCACACUGGUGCUUGUGUCUGCUGGUAAUGGGCAGGUUUCGCCUGGUGACGGGCAGGGAACUCUCGCCGCAUUGACACCGCAGGGCGAGCGACCCGUGCCGGAUGAAUCCGAACCUGGUACUCUUUCCUCUAUCUUUAGGUCAGAGCCCAGGCCUAUUGUCAUGACAUCUGCAGCUGUGAUCACCAGUGGCUCUUCCUCGCCGCCGUUCACCAAGGUGGAACGCACUUUCAUCCACAUCGCUGAGACGACGCAUCUCAAUGUCAUGACAGCCAGACACCGUUGUCCUGGACUGGAUGAGAUGAUUUCUACUAAGCGUGAGGAGACGGGUGGAAAGAAAGAGAGAGAAAGGGUCAGUGAACGAGAGCAAAAGGAAAGUGGGGGGAUUACAUUAGAAAGAGGCGAGGAUGAGGGGAAAAAGGAUGAGAGUGAAGCUGAAGAAAAAGUAAAGAAGAGUAACAGAGAGGAAGCAGAGGCUUUGUUUUUAGCCGAGUCACAUGACCAGCUAGAGACUACAGUUAUUGAGGAAGAAGUCUCCAAAGAAGCCAAACUGGAAGUCAGACCAGAGGGUGUCCCACCAGAAGUAGACAAGCAAAAGGAACAGGAACAGGAAGAGUGUCCAUCACUAAAACCUGAACAAAACAGAGAUGCAGAGGUGGAGGAUGAGAAGGAUAUGUCUCCACCGGAGGCGGAGUCACCUGAUAGAAAGCCACUCCCACAGAGGCGGAGCCGUAUCCCUGUGCUGAUGUCAGAAGAGGAAACAGGCUCAGACAAGUCAUCGCAGACGAGUCAAGAGCAGUUUCAGAGAACUCGCAAAAGCCGACAACAACAGCUGGCUCGUCUUGUCCUGGAGCGCAAACAAACCCACCUGAUUCGCUCUCGCUCCGCCUCCUCGCACUCCCCGACACUCUCAACCACUGCAUCUGAAGAUGAAACCCACCAAUCAGAUGACUCAGCGAGAGGAGAGAGAGGAGCAGAUGGGAACAUUAAGAGCAGGAUCCCUCGUCCAGUCACACCUAUCAGGGGGUCAUCCGACCAACUGGGCGGCACGACCCUUCCACAAACCCAGAGAUCUGUGUCUUUCAUUCAAUAUAGGUGGGAGGCUGCAGUGGCUGAACCUUCGCUUUCAACCUCUGAGACGCGUCUGAAGCAAGUCGACUUUGUGUCUGGUGUGUUGAUGUUUGACGAUCUGAGAGAGGAGGGUGUGAAGACUGGAGGCUCAGGCAGUGAUGGAAGCCCUCGCAGUAGUGAGGGAAGUCCAGAGGGUGCUGCAUCCACCCUGCUCGCCCCAGCCCACCGGGACCACGACCAGGAAGAGGGCUCACGCACACUGGUGCUUGUGUCUGCUGGUAAUGGGCAGGUUUCGCCUGGUGACGGGCAGGGAACUCUCGCCGCAUUGACACCGCAGGGCGAGCGACCCGUGCCGGAUGAAUCCGAACCUGGUACUCUUUCCUCUAUCUUUAGGUCAGAGCCCAGGCCUAUUGUCAUGACAUCUGCAGCUGUGAUCACCAGUGGCUCUUCCUCGCCGCCGUUCACCAAGGUGGAACGCACUUUCAUCCACAUCUCUGAGACGACGCAUCUCAAUGUCAUGACAGCCAGACACCGUUGUCCUGGACUGGAUGAGAUGAUUUCUACUAAGCGUGAGGAGACGGGUGGAAAGAAAGAGAGAGAAAGGGUCAGUGAACGAGAGCAAAAGGAAAGUGGGGGGAUUACAUUAGAAAGAGGCGAGGAUGAGGGGAAAAAGGAUGAGAGUGAAGCUGAAGAAAAAGUAAAGAAGAGUAACAGAGAGGAAGCAGAGGCUUUGUUUUUAGCCGAGUCACAUGACCAGCUAGAGACUACAGUUAUUGAGGAAGAAGUCUCCAAAGAAGCCAAACUGGAAGUCAGACCAGAGGGUGUCCCACCAGAAGUAGACAAGCAAAAGGAACAGGAACAGGAAGAGUGUCCAUCACUAAAACCUGAACAAAACAGAGAUGCAGAGGUGGAGGAUGAGAAGGAUAUGUCUCCACCGGAGGCGGAGUCACCUGAUAGAAAGCCACUCCCACAGAGGCGGAGCCGUAUCCCUGUGCUGAUGUCAGAAGAGGAAACAGGCUCAGACAAGUCAUCGCAGACGAGUCAAGAGCAGUUUCAGAGAACUCGCAAAAGCCGACAACAACAGCUGGCUCGUCUUGUCCUGGAGCGCAAACAAACCCACCUGAUUCGCUCUCGCUCCGCCUCCUCGCACUCCCCGACACUCUCAACCACUGCAUCUGAAGAUGAAACCCACCAAUCAGAUGACUCAGCGAGAGGAGAGAGAGGAGCAGAUGGGAAAAUUAGGAGCAGGAUCCCUCGUCCAGUCACACCUAUCAGGGGGUCAUCCGACCAACUGGGCGGCACGACCCUUCCACAAACCCAGAGAUCUGUGUCUUUCAUUCAAUAUAGUUCAAAGAACACUUGA